CUAGCAAGGAGCAAGCAGUGCCACAUCGCCCACGCUUCCCUCUCUUAAAUUCAACACAUUUCACAAUACACAAUUGUGUUCCAGCAGGCACUCUGAACAGCCCUAGGUUUCUAGACAGAGCUGCACGACAUGUGAAACCUGUUGUAGUCAGUCCCUGCCCACCGUUGACCGUGCUAACACUCGCCCUGCGUGCACCAUGGAUGUCCAGGCUCACACACGGGUUUGCCCUAGAUCAGGGGUCUUUUGGUUUCUUCUCGUCGCCCAAUCUCUGGCAGUUGCUUUUGGCAUCGCCUUCACCCGGAAGAGCUCCCGUGACCGACAUCUCGUCAUUGUUCUUCUAGUGAUACUGAUGUACAUGGAGACGAGGCUCCUGCCCUGCCUGACCGGUCCGCCUAUUUUGAGAGGAACCUUCACCUUCUUCUGUCUGCUCAAGGCGUGGCACUUUAUCAGUAUCUUGGCGAUCGUCGGCAUCGAACUGCACGAUCUCACCGAUCCCACGAAGAAGCUACACCGAUCCAAGCCUAUCCGCCGCCUGCUGGCAGCCGCCACCGUGCUCUUCAGCUUUCGCGGCAUCGGUACCUCAUGGAUGAUCCAAAGUGUCCGACCCGUCCCAGCACGCGACAGGUUGUCGUCUGGUGUUGUGCUCACGGGGUCUUUGGUGCAUCGCGUUGCGACCAUCAUGUGGCAAGUGGUUGUGCUCGACCUUAUCUUUCUGGGCUAUAUCGACGACCUCCGGCGCUCGAAACCACACCUCUUCGCCGCUGGCACCGAGUUCCUUGGGCCACAGUCCACCGCUGAACAGCUGCGCGCGCGCACGAUCUUAUGCAUUGUCGGCAUCAUCGGGCUGGGGAUGCUGAUGGAUCUGACCCACAAGCUGCUCGCCAUCAUCUGCGUCGGCAUGCGAAUCUCCUCUUGGGACGACUGGCCUCCUGCAUUCGGAGAUAUCAAGCACGCGUACACGGUACGCCAAUUCUGGAGCAAAUUCUGGCACCAAUUCUUCCGCUGGCCAACAACCACCAUCUCAACCUUCGCGCGACACCACCUCCGACGAUUCAUCCGACUUCCGGCCGCGCUGGACCAGCUGCUAGGGCUAACCCUAAUCUUCGGGCUCUCCGGCUUCACCCACUGGAUGGCGGCCGUGUACGCCGAGGUCCCGGGGGACCUGACGGGGAUCUUCGCCUUCUUUCUCGUCUCCUCGUUGGUGAUCCCCCUGGAAGAUGUGUGCUGGCGGGCUUACGCCAGACUCAUCGGGCAGUAUCCGCGGUGGAGACUGCCGCGGCGCGGGGAGGCUUCCGGUGGAUGA